CGAUAACUGCCUGUGUUGCGACGGGCCAUAACGCUACAAGAUGGCGAAAUUAAUAGUAUUAGUGUUUAAUCUAUUCUGUAUAUUUAGUGCAAGUGUGGCAGUAAUACAAACGGGACAAUGUGAUCAGAGUAUUGCAGUUGUAACAAACUUCAAUCUUGAUGCCUUUGGUGGAGAUCCAUGGUACGACAUAGAAUCCUACGCCAAUACUCACCAAAGUGGUACUUGCAACACGGCUAGAUACACUAUAAAUGCAGACAGAUCUAUUACAGUACAAAAUUCUCAAGUUGUUAACCAAGCUCUGGCUGUGGCAAAUGGAGAAGCAACUAUUGCCACAGAAUCCAUCGGUAAACUUCAAGUGAGAAUCGGCGGUUCAACUGUUCCGAUAGAUUAUUGGGUCCUGAGCACUGAUUAUACUGGAUACGCGUUGAUUUAUUCUUGCCGCAAUGUCGAUGCAAACACAAGAGAAGUUUUCAGUUGGAAGCUGAGCAGAACUCAGUCAGGUUUCACACCGGCAGCUACACAGACUAUGACCGGUAUUAUUAAUAGUAUCGCUGCACUGAGUCAAAAUGACUACAUCACAAGAGACCACAGCGCCAACGGAUGUUUCUACUACCCAGCAAAUGAUCCAUCUGCAACUUAUAUCGAUCUGCCUGGCACCUGCGAAACUAUUCCAGGACUUACAAACUUCAAUACGGAGGCUUAUCUUGGAACAUGGUACGAGAUCGCCAGAUACCCGCAACCAAACCAGCAAGGCCAGUGUAACAGGGCUACGUAUGGCGAUGCUGGGAACGGAAUUGUCUCCGUCCUAAACGAACAAGUACUCUCUGAGUCUUUGGCUUCAAUAUCUGGCUCAGCGACCUCGGACAAUACCGGAAGAAUAACAGUUACUUUUAACAUCGGUGGACAGCCACAAAGCCAGGACCUAUUCGUACUCGCAACGGACUAUCUCAACUAUGCUCUUGUAUACUCCUGUACCAAUCUUGACAAUGGAUGGAGAAGAGUUGCAAGCUGGAAACUGAGUAGAACGAAAGCACUAAGCGCGAAUGCCUUAGAAAUCAUGGAUCUUGUAAUUGCUAAUACCCAAGCACUCCACCCACAGUAUUACCGGGAUACACAACAGACUGAUAACGCUUGCUUCUAUUAUCCUGUACUUGAUGGUACCGAAACCACUAUCGAUUUGCCUGGAACUUGCGCGUCAGCAGCGAUAGUUGGCAUGCCCAACUUUAACAUAAAUUCCUAUACUGGCGUAUGGUACGAAAUCGAAAGAUACCCGCAACCAACUCAGCAAGGGCAGUGCAACCGUGCUAUAUACACAGAAAAUGAAGGCGUCAUAACAGUUAUGAACAGCCAAGUGGUCAAUGAAGCAAAUGCUAGUAUUUCAGGCGUAGCCAGAGUCAUAAGCACAGAUAAUUCCGGAGUAUUGCAAGUUACCUUCACUAUUGGCGGCCAGCCAACAAACCAGGACCUAUACGUACUCUCAACGGAUUAUAUCAGCUACUCUAUUGUGUACGCCUGUACUGAUCUAAAUAAUGGAUGGAGAAGAGUUGGCAGUUGGAAACUUAGUAGAAGCCAGACUGGCCUGACCAGUAACGACAUUAGCGCCAUCAACAACGUCAUCGCUACCACCCAGGGUCUUAACCAAAAUUACUUCCGAUCCACAAGUCAGACCAACCAAGCUUGUUUCUACUAUCCUGUGUUCCCAACACUCCCAGACACUAUCGACCUGCCUGGACCUUGCGAAACUACAACCGUCUCUCCUAUGCCCAACUUUAAUAUAAAUAACUAUCAAGGAUUGUGGUACGAAGUUGCUAGAUACCCGCAACCCACACAGCAGGGACAAUGUAACCGCGCAACGUACGGUGCCAACACUGUUACCAACAGGCAAGUGCUGAAUCAGGGUCUGCUGUCGAUAGAUGGUACAAUUGCUCUUCCGGAUAGCAGCGGAAGAUUGCAAGUUACAUUCAACAUUGGUGGCACGCCCCAAACUACCGAACUAUUAGUACUGUCAACGGACUACGAGAACUAUUCUAUUGUAUACACUUGUCAAAAUAUAGAUGGAGGAAAAAGACGAGUUGGCAGUUGGAAGCUGAGUAGAACCCCAACACUGACUCCGCAAGCCAUUUCCAACAUAAACAAUGUCAUCGAUACCACUCAAGGUCUAAAAGAAGAGUAUUACCAAUCCACAAGUCAGAGUAACGAGGCAUGCUUCUACUACCCUACCGGACCUACUGAGAAUGAAAUCAGAUUACCCUUCACCUGCGACACCGCACUUCGUGGAAUCUCGUCCUUUAACCUAACUGCAUUCGCACGCACCUGGUACCACAUUCAAAGAUACGACCCAGUUCAGGGCACAACCUGCAGUGGUACUAGAUUUACAGUGAAUUCUGGUAAUACGCUAAAUGUCGUUGACUUCGAAGUUGUUGGCGAAGAAUUGGUAACCGUUGAAGGUACCGCCCGAAUUAACUCUACUGAUGGCAGCGGACAGUUAUUGUUGACUACUACAAAUGGUGACGAAACUUCUGAGAUUGUCCUCUACAUAUUGGCUACUGACUACACUGGAUACGCUGUGGCAUUAUCAUGCGAAAAUGUUGAUGACGACUGGAGACGAGUUCGUGCAUGGCAGUUGAGUAGUGGCAGGACACUGCCAGCCGCUGCGGUCCCUGUCAUCACCACGUUGAUAAACAACCAACUGGAGCUGCAUUCUCCUUACUUCAACGCCGUGACGCAAAACGAAGAUUGUCAGGAACCCAGCUCAGCUAUGCUCUUCAAGAGCAGUAUUAUUGUGAUAUUUGUAUGUACUGUAUUGCACGCCCUAUGGUGCAUCAUGUCGAAAUUAAUAGUUUCAGUUGUUAGUUUCUUUUGUUUAUUUAGUGCGAGUAUUGCAAUACAGGAACCGGGGCAAUGUGAUCAAAAUAUAGCAGUUGUUCAAAACUUCAAUGUUCAAGCUUACAGUGGCAUUUGGUACGACUUAGCUUCCUACGCCAGUCCUUUCCAAAAUGGCUCUUGCAGUACAGCACAAUACACAGUGAACAGCGAUGGUACAGUCACUGUAGUUAAUUCUCAAAUAUUUGGCCAGACCCUUUUCACUGUGACUGGUACAGCAAGUCUUGCAACUACAGACAACUCAGCUAAACUGCGAGUGACGAUUGGAAGCGGUCCACCGUCAGACUAUUGGGUCCUUACGACGGAUUACAUUUCCUAUGCCCUGGUCUACUCCUGCCGCAAUGUCAAUGCCAACACCAGAGAAAUUUUCAGUUGGAAAUUGAGCAGAACAAAGGAACUAACAGCGGCUGCUGAAGCAGCCAUCAACAAUGUGAUCAAUUCUGUCUCUGCACUGAAUCAACAGCAUUAUGUUGAAAGAGAUCACAGCACUAAUGGAUGCCACUAUUACGACACAUUUGCAAAUGGUAUCGAAAUACCAGGGGCCUGUGAAACCGUUAGACCAGUUCCUAACUUCAACGCUGGCGCUUACCUGGGAACAUGGUACGAGAUCGCCAGAUAUCCGAUACCAACUCAGCGAGGCCAGUGCGACCGGGCUACGUACGGUGACGCUGGUAACGGAGUCGUGUCAGUCUUGAACAGCCAAGUUGUCAAUCAAACAUUAGAUACCAUAUCAGGGGAAGCUAGACUAGCAAGCACUGAUGGCUCAGGAAAGUUACAAGUCACCUUCGUCUUUGGUGGGGUGCCCAUCAAUACCGAAUUAUACAUACUCGCAACAGACUACGUGAGCUAUUCUCUGGCAUACAGCUGUACUAAUCUAUCCAAUGGAAAUAGGAGAGUUUCGAGCUGGAAACUCAGCAGAGGCACCACGCUAAGCCAGCAGGCCGUUCUCGCCAUGAAUGCAGUGAUUGCAAAUACUCAAGGCUUAAGAGAAGAAUAUUACCAACCAACAAGCCAGAGUACUGAAGCUUGCUUCUACUAUCCUGCCGGGCUUACUGAUGGUGAAGUGAGACUCCCUGGCCCGUGCAAUGAGACUAUUACUGGAGUGCCGGCUUUCUCCUUAUCUACAUUCGCACGAACAUGGUACCACAUUCAACGAUACGACUCAGUACAGGGCAAAUCUUGCAGUGGUACAAGAGUGACAUACGUUCCAGGAACUGGUACCUUAAACGUCACUGACUUCGAAGUCGUAAAUGGGGGGUUAGUUACCUCAGAAGGGACAGGUCGACUCAACUCCACUGAUAACACCGGGAAGUUAUUGUUGAAUAUCCCGGGAGCUAACGGAAAUGGAUCAGAACUGGUAGUCUACAUUUUGGCUACUGACUACAACGACUACGCUGUUGCGUACUCUUGUGAAAAUGUUAACGCUACUGAAAGACGAGUUCGUGCAUGGCUGUUGAGCAGCCAAAGGACAAUGUCGACCGCUGGCGUGUCAGCUAUCAUUGAACUAGCACAGACCAGGCCAGAACUGAAUUCUCGGUACUUCAAUAACGUUCCACAGCACAGCAGUUGUCUGGAACCCAGCUCAGCUUUUACGAUCCAAAGCAGUAUUAUUUUAAUGUUAGUGUGUGCAAUUUUGCAAAUGCUUAGGUAAAUGAUCAUUGUUUAAUGUUUAACGAUGUUUAAGGUUUAGUACCUACUUACUUACCUACCUACUUAAUAGUUUAGUAUUCGUCCACAACGCAAAGUUGUUUUUGUAGUAUUUUUUCAUCAUCAUCCUCCGAGCCUUUUCCCAAUCAUGUUGGGGUCGGCUUCCAGUCUAACCGGAUUCAGCUGAGUACCAGUGCUUUACAAGAAGCGACUGCCUAUCUGACCUCCUCAACCCAGUUACCCGGGCAACCCGAUACCCCUUGGUUAGACUGGUGUCAGACUUACUAGCUUCUGACUACCCGUAACGACUGCCAAGGAUGUUCAAUGACAGCCGGGACCUACAGUUUAACGUGCCAUCCGAAACACAGUCAAUGGUGUCUAAGAUAUACUUAGAAAGUACAUACAAACUUAGAAAAGUUGCAUUGGUACUUGCCUGACCUGGGAUCGAACCCGCGCCCUCAUACUUGAGAGGUUGGUCCUUUACCCACUAGGCCACCACGACUUUUUUGUAGUAUUUUUUAUAAAAGCUAAUUAUAUUUUAAGUAAAGAAA